UUAGUUCUCUUUCCCAUCUUGCAAGGUAAGAACGGUGGGCCUCUGUGCAAGACUCGAGUUCAGCACUCCCAAUCCUUCGCCAUCCGAACCUAGAGGGCAUCCAGUCGCCACUUACAGGGGUCCGACAUACCCACGGCUAACUGAGAGGCCUUCCAGGCACUUCAGUUUUUGCCGUUUGGGUUUGCGGCGGCGCACUGUAGAAUGCCGUAGUGUCUUCCACCGGCCGUUCGCCAGUCUCUUGGGCUGGGGGGAACGAGGCCCUUUCGAGGACCCGUAGCGGACUGGUGGGUUAGAGGAAGCGGGACGACGAUGGCGGGUGAAAAAGUUGAGAAGCCGGAUACUAAAGAGAAGAAAUCUGAAGCCAAGAAGGCUGAUGCCGGUAGCAAAGUGAAAAAGGGUAACCCCAAGGCUAAAAAGUCCAAGAAGGGGAAGCCCCAUUGCAGCCGCAAUCCUGUUCUUGUCAGAGGAAUUGGCAGGUAUUCCCGAUCUGCCAUGUAUUCCAGAAAGGCCAUGUACAAGAGGAAGUACUCAGCGGCUAAAUCCAAGAUUGAAAAGAAAAAGAAGGAGAAGGUUCUUGCAACUGUUACAAAACCAGUUGGUGGUGACAAAAACGGCGGUACCCGGGUGGUUAAACUUCGCAAAAUGGUAAGAUGUGGGGACAGUAAAUUAGAUGUUCGGUUGAUGAUUGAAUACUGUGAAGGUGUUUUUGAAUACUUAGGUACUGUAAGUUUCUGCUUACCAGAGUUUGUAGCAGAAAGUAAAGGGCUCUGAGUUUGCAACUUGGCUUCAACAUUUACUGUUAAUCUUAAAUAAUUUAAAUUACUCUUCUGUGUUUUGUUGUUGGCAUGUAAAAUGGGAAUAAGGAGGCUGGGGUAGUGGCUCAGGCCUGCAAUCCCA